AUGGCCAUGCCUAGAUUUAUUAAGCCUUUCACGUCACUGCGCUUCCUGUCGGAGCCUUCCGAUGCUGUCACCAUGAGGGGAGGAAAUGUCCUCCUGAACUGCUCUGCUGAGUCUGACCGAGGAGUCCCGAUUAUCAAGUGGAAGAAAGAUGGAAUCCACUUGGCCUUGGGAAUGGAUGAGAGGAAGCAGCAGCUUCCAAACGGCUCUCUAUUGAUACAAAACAUACUCCAUUCCAGGCACCAUAAGCCAGAUGAGGGACUUUACCAGUGUGAGGCAUCCUUAGGAGACUCUGGGUCAAUUAUCAGUAGGACGGCGAAAGUUGCUGUAGCAGGACCACUGAGGUUCUUAUCACAGACAGAAUCUGUCACGGCCUUUAUGGGAGACACAGUGCUACUCAAGUGUGAAGUUAUUGGGGAGCCGAUGCCAACAGUACACUGGCAAAAAAACCAACAAGACCUGAUUCCCAUCCCAGGUGAUUCUCGAGUGGUGAUCUUACCCUCUGGAGCCUUGCAGAUCAGCAGACUUCAACCUGGGGACACUGGAAUCUAUCGAUGCCUAGCCCGGAACCCAGCCAGCUCAAGAACAGGAAAUGAAGCAGAAGUCAGGAUUUUGUCAGAUCCAGGACUGCAUAGGCAGCUGUAUUUUUUACAAAGACCAUCCAACGUAGUAGCCAUUGAAGGAAAGGAUGCCAUCCUGGAAUGUUGCGUUUCUGGCUAUCCUCCCCCGAGUUUUACCUGGUUACGAGGAGAUGAAGUCGUCCAACUCAGGUCCAAAAAGUAUUCUUUAUUGGGUGGAAGCAAUUUGCUUAUCUCCAAUGUGACAGAUGAUGAUAGUGGAACUUACACCUGUGUUGUUACAUAUAAAAAUGAGAAUAUUAGUGCCUCUGCAGAGCUCACAGUCUUGGUUCCACCAUGGUUUUUAAAUCACCCUUCCAACCUGUAUGCCUAUGAAAGCAUGGAUAUUGAGUUUGAGUGUUCCGUCUCUGGAAAGCCUGUGCCCACUGUGAAUUGGAUGAAGAAUGGAGAUGUGGUCAUUCCUAGUGAUUAUUUUCAGAUAGUGGGAGGAAGCAACUUACGAAUCCUUGGAGUGGUAAAGUCAGAUGAAGGCUUUUAUCAAUGUGUAGCUGAAAAUGAGGCCGGAAAUGCCCAGACCAGUGCGCAGCUCAUUGUCCCUAAGCCUGCUAUCCCAAGCUCCAGCGUCCUCCCUUCUGCUCCCAGAGAUGUGGUCCCUGUGUUGGUUUCCAGUCGGUUUGUCCGUCUCAGCUGGCGCCCACCUGCAGAAGCAAAAGGCAACAUUCAAACAUUCACCGUCUUUUUCUCCAGAGAAGGUGACAACAGGGAACGAGCAUUGAAUACUUCCCAGCCUGGGUCCCUUCAGCUUACUGUGGGAAACCUGAAGCCAGAAGCCAUGUAUACCUUCCGAGUUGUGGCCUACAAUGAGUGGGGACCAGGCGAGAGUUCUCAACCCAUCAAAGUGGCCACUCAGCCUGAGUUGCAAGUUCCAGGGCCAGUAGAAAACCUACAAGCUGUAUCUACCUCACCUACCUCAAUUCUUAUUACCUGGGAACCCCCUGCCUAUGCAAAUGGUCCAGUCCAAGGUUACAGAUUGUUCUGCACUGAGGUGUCCACAGGAAAAGAACAGAAUAUAGAGGUUGAUGGACUAUCUUAUAAGCUGGAAGGCCUGAAAAAAUUUACGGAAUAUACGCUUCGAUUCCUAGCUUAUAAUCGCUAUGGGCCAGGAGUAUCUACUGAUGACAUAACAGUGGUUACGCUUUCUGAUGUGCCAAGUGCCCCGCCUCAGAACGUCUCCCUGGAAGUAGUCAAUUCAAGGAGUAUCAAAGUAAGCUGGCUGCCUCCUCCAUCAGGAACACAAAAUGGAUUUAUUACUGGCUAUAAAAUUCGACACAGAAAGACAACCCGCAGGGGUGAGAUGGAAACACUGGAGCCAAACAACCUCUGGUACCUGUUCACAGGACUGGAGAAAGGAAGUCAGUAUAGUUUCCAGGUGUCAGCCAUGACAGUUAAUGGCACUGGACCACCUUCCAACUGGUAUACAGCCGAGACUCCUGAGAAUGAUCUGGAUGAGUCUCAAGUCCCUGACCAGCCAAGCUCUCUUCACGUGAGGCCCCAGACCAAUUGCAUCAUCAUGAGUUGGACUCCUCCUUUGAACCCAAACAUCGUGGUGCGAGGUUACAUAAUUGGUUAUGGUGUUGGAAGCCCUUACGCAGAGACAGUGCGUGUGGAUAGUAAACAGAGAUAUUAUUCUAUUGAGAGGUUAGAAUCAAGUUCCCAUUAUGUCAUCUCCCUAAAAGCUUUUAACAAUGCAGGAGAAGGAGUUCCUCUUUAUGAAAGUGCCACCACCAGAUCUCUAACAGAUCCCACUGACCCAGUUGAUUAUUAUCCUUUGCUUGAUGAUUUCCCCACCUCGGUCCCAGAUGUCUCCACCCCCAUGCUCCCACCAGUAGGUGUACAGGCUGUGGCUCUUACCCAUGAUGCUGUGAGGGUCAGCUGGGCAGACAACUCUGUCCCUAAGAACCAAAAAACAUCUGAAGUGCGACUUUACACUGUCCGGUGGAGGACCAGCUUUUCUGCGAAUGCGAAAUACAAGUCAGAAGACACAACAUCUCUGAGUUACACAGCAACAGGCCUCAAACCCAACACGAUGUAUGAGUUCUCAGUCAUGGUAACAAAAAACAGAAGGUCAAGCACAUGGAGCAUGACUGCCCAUGCCACCACAUACGAAGCAGCCCCGACCUCUGCUCCCAAGGAUCUGACUGUCAUUACUCGGGAAGGGAAGCCUCGUGCUGUCAUUGUGAGUUGGCAGCCUCCCUUGGAAGCCAAUGGGAAAAUUACUGCUUACAUCUUGUUUUAUACCUUGGACAAGAACAUACCAAUUGAUGACUGGAUUAUGGAAACAAUCAGUGGUGAUCGGCUUACUCAUCAAAUCAUGGAUCUCAACCUUGACACUAUGUAUUACUUUCGAAUUCAAGCACGAAAUGCAAAAGGAGUGGGCCCCCUGUCUGAUCCCAUCCUCUUCAGGACUCUGAAAGUAGAACAUCCUGACAAAAUGGCUAAUGACCAAGGUCGUCAUGGAGAUGGAGGUUAUUGGCCAGUCGAUACAAAUUUGAUUGAUAGAAGCACUCUCAAUGAGCCACCCAUUGGCCAGAUGCACCCCCCACAUGGCAGUGUCACUCCUCAAAAGAACAGCAACCUGCUUGUAAUCAUUGUGGUCACCGUUGGCGUCAUCACAGUGCUGGUGGUAGUGAUCGUGGCUGUGAUUUGCACCCGGCGCUCUUCAGCCCAGCAGAGAAAGAAACGGGCCACACACAGUGCUGGCAAAAGGAAGGGCAGCCAGAAGGACCUCAGGCCCCCUGAUCUUUGGAUACAUCAUGAAGAAAUGGAGAUGAAAAAUAUUGAGAAGCCAUCGGGUACUGACCCUACAGGAAGGGACUCCCCCAUCCAAAGUUGCCAAGACCUCACACCAGUCAGCCACAGCCAGUCAGAAACCCAGCUGGGCAGCAAAAGUACCUCUCAUUCAGGUCAAGACACUGAAGAAGCAGGGAGUUCCAUGUCCACUCUGGAAAGGUCACUGGCUGCACGCCGAGCCCCUCGGGCCAAGCUUAUGAUUCCUAUGGAUGCCCAGUCCAACAAUCCUGCCGUUGUGAGUGCCAUCCCUGUGCCAACCCUGGAAAGCGCCCAGUACCCAGGAAUCCUUCCAUCUCCCACGUGUGGAUACCCUCACCCGCAGUUCACCCUCCGGCCUGUGCCAUUCCCGACAUUGUCUGUGGACCGAGGUUUCGGAACAGGAAAAACGGUCAGUGAAGGACCAACCACCCAACAGCCACCCAUGUUGCCCCCAGCACAGCCUGAGCAUCCCAGCAGUGAGGAGGCACCAAGCAGAACCAUCCCCACGGCCUGUGUUCGACCAACUCACCCACUCCGCAGCUUUGCUAACCCGUUGCUACCUCCACCGAUGAGUGCAAUAGAACCGAAAGUCCCUUACACACCACUGUUGUCUCAGCCAGGGCCUACUCUUCCCAAGACUCAUGUUAAAACAGCCUCUCUUGGGUUGGCUGGAAAAGCAAGAUCUCCUUUGCUUCCUGUAUCUGUGCCAACAGCCCCUGAAGUAUCUGAGGAAAGCCACAAAGCAACAGAGGAUCCAACCAAUGUCUAUGAACAGGAUGAUUUGAGUGAACAAAUGGCAAGUUUGGAAGGGCUAAUGAAGCAACUUAAUGCCAUCACAGGCUCGGCCUUUUAACACGUAUUACCCACUUGAUGAGGUGUAUUUUCUGGGAACUUUGCGGCAUACCAAUUACCCAUAAACAGCACACCUGUGUCCAAGAACAUUUAACCAGUGUACAAGUCAACCAUCAGGACCACUCACUUAUGGAAGAUCCUGAAGCAGUUCAGAAGGAAUAAGUGUCCCUUCUUUCAUAGGCAUCAGGAAUUUCACAAUAAUUACUAUGGAGUCCCUAAACAAAAGCAAAUAUAUGUCUUCACUGCAAUGUCAAAGCUGAAGCUGCUAGACUAGUCCUGGGUCUUUGCCACUGCAGUGACCACACGGUCAUAA